CCCUAUCUUUGAAAAACAUGAAGCGUAUAAUUUAUAUAUUCUUAGAUUAGAUACGUCGUGCCUUGCAAGACUAUAAAAGUAGUAACAUUAAAGCAGAUAAGCUAAGAGUGAAAAACCCCUUCAACAGAUAAGGCGGAAUGGCGAUGUGGGCUGUCCUCUCUUUGUGUCUUAUGUCAACAUGUAUGGCUGAUAUUGUGCUUGAAGAAAGAGGUUAUUUAAAACUACCAGACCGAAACAAUAACUUUGCAGUUAACAGUGGUGCUGCUAAAGAGAGUGCUUAUGACCGAAUGGAUAGAUUUUUGUAUGUUGUAGGUACAGAAUCAGCCGUUCUUCAUGUUGUUGACGUCUUUGAUGUGGACAACCCAAGCGUCGUCCAAACCUUUAACUUCGAUGUGGCUCUCGAAGGAUUCCCUCUGGACAUUCAGGUGUGUCGUGGUCUACCUAACCGAGCUUAUUUCGCCGUUUCUUUUGGAGUAAAUGAUCCGACUCGACAAGGUCACGUGAUAUUAUACAAUCCAUAUAGACGAGGUGACACGACUCUAAACCCAAUCAACCCAGUGGAUCCUCUACUAUCAGUUGGUUCCAAUCCGGAUAAUAUCAAAUUUACAUCAGAUUGCGCCAAAUUGGUUGUCUCUAACGAAGGUAUACCGGCUGUAAUCAAUAACGAAUUUAUUGAUCCCCCAGGUACCGUCAGCAUAAUCAGCAUCCCAGAAACAGGAAACCCUUCAAUUUCUACUGUUAAUUUCCAAUCAUAUGACGAUCCCGCUGAAACAAAUCGACUUCUUGCUCUUGGAGUAAGAUAUAUGGUCAGGGUUAAUCCAACUACCAACUCCCAGAAUCCGUUCUCAAAUAAUAUUGAACCAGAGUACAUAGCCAUUUCUCCCAAUAAUGGCUAUGCCUACAUCACACUUCAGGAAAACAAUGCCAUUGUUCGAAUUGAUCUGGAACAAAAUGCUCUUGUCAGUACCUAUCCUAUGGGUUACAAGGAGUAUCUGUAUUCAACUUUAGAUGCUAGCGACCAGGAUCAAUUUCCUGGAGUCCACAUGACUCGUAGAAAUGUUCGAGGAUUAUAUCAGCCCGAUAAAAUUACUUUUAUGGAAUGGGGUGGAACCUUAUAUCUAAUAACCGCUGAUGAAGGUAAACCUUACAAUGUACCAAGUUUAGGUAUUUCUGACAACGACAGAGCAAGAACUUUAGAAUCAGAUUUUAGUGUUGACAGUGAAUUGUUAGCUGAGCUGCUUGAUAACGCCCAGUUGGGCCGUGCCUAUAUCAGCACCAUGGACCGUAUGUCACUUACUGACCCAAUUAGGGAAGUGUACACCUUUGGUGGACGAGGUUUCUCCGUCUUUAAUGCCAACACACUGAUCCGAGAAUGGGAGAGUGGUGAUCUUAUUGAGAAAGUAAGCCGAUGGUUCUAUCCUGAUGUUUUCAACGGAGGAUAUACAGGUCCAAAUUUAACCCCAACUGGAGAAAGGGAUAGCAGAUCACCAUACAUGGGCCCUGAAUUAAAUUCUGUUGUAACUACUUCAUACCAAGGAAGACAGCUUAUGAUUUUUGGAAGUGGAACCAAUGGUCAAAUUUACGUCUUCCAGCUGCAGGCCUCCGUUACUCAAAGAGUAGAUCCAGAAUUCGAGAGUGUACAUAGACGAGGUGCAACAGAUGCAACCUGGGCCAAUUUAUAUUCCAGGGAAGAAAUGGGUGAUAUUGGAAUUUCCGAUUUAGUUGUAAUUGAAGAAGCCGACAGUCCAGUAGGAGGUUCUCCUAUCCUUAUCGCUUUGUCUGAACAAAGUGGUAGUGUUUCUAUCUACAGUUUCAAAGACGAGCAAUACCCCGCAGAUGGAUGUGUGGCUCCCACAUCACUUCAAUCAUUAGGAUCAGGAAUGAACCACCAUAACAGAACCAGACCAGCUUUAUAAACAAAUUGAACCCGACAUGAACUUUGUCCCCUCAAUAAAAUACUUAUUUUUAUAAGAA